AUGAAUGGCCAAUUUGUGCUUCAUGAAGAGCUUCUUCGACUUCAACAAGAUGCUGUAACAAACUAUUACAUUGCCAACGAGGUGGUCAUACAUGGCCGCAGUGACCAAGAACUGGCACGAUACCUCAAUGCCUUUAGAGCGGAAGUCAAGGCUACUUCAGAUGGCUUGGAAAACAAUGAAAAAGAAACAUUUCAAGAACAUCGACGAUACCUUGAAUUGUAUGGAUUCCUUGUUCACUGGUUUCUUCUAGCUGCUGAAGAAAAAACUACCAAUGUUUCAACAAAAUCAAAGAAAGGAAAGGCACGCACUGACGAUUCAGGUCGAUUUGAUUGGAGUACUCAAAAACAAAAAGCCUUUGAUAUUGUUGGUUGGAUGCUUGAAUUGAAAUUAACCAAGAUUUGGACCAUGACUCCGGACAGAAACACAUUUAUUAGUUUAUUUACCAAACCUGCUUAUCAGAUAUUUGAAAACCCUUCCAAUGCAAAGUCAAAUGAGAUAAAGAAGCGUGUAUUCAAAGUUCUGGGGAUGUGUAUCAAGAAUUACAAUCAUGCAUUCGCCGCUCAAACGAGCAUUAUGCAGAAUUUGCAGUAUUGGGAGCAUUCGGCAGAACCCAUGGCUGAGUUCCUUCAUUAUCUUGUGGAGCAACAAGGCUACACGCAGCUGGUGGAUGAAAUCAUUCGAGAAAUAAGUAACAAAGAAUUCAAGGAAACAGCCGCGAAAGAACUCAAAGAUUCUCCCAACGCAAAGACAUUUGCCAUGUUCCUUCAGAAAUUGGCCGAGUUAUUGCCAAAAACGAUUUUGAAGAACAUUGGUGUAUUGAUCCAUCAAUUGGAUAGUGAGUCGUACACUAUCCGAACUGCUAUCAUUGACAUUCUCGGAGAUCUUAUCGUAAAUCUAUCACAACAGUCAGAGGAGAAUACAGCAAAUGUGGAUCAAGUCAAUGGUUUCUUUGAUAUCCUUGAGGAACGUAUGUUGGAUCCUAUUGUGUUCUGUAGAACAAAGGUCCUCCAGACGUACCUAAAACUAUUAGAUUUGCGCACAAAAUUUCCCAAAAGACGACACACACUGGGUAUCCUUGCUCUUCGCCAUUUGGAAGACAAGAGUAGCUCUGUGAGAAAAUAUGCCAUUCGUGUAUUGACAAAGUUGAUCGCAACUCAUCCAUACAGUAUUUAUGGAGGAGAACUGGAUUUGGAAGAUUGGAAACAAAAACUGAAGAAAUUGAAGGCUGAAAUUGCAAAUGUAGAAUCACCUGAUAUGGCGUUAAUGGAGGUAGCAGUAUCGACGGUGCAAACAGAGGAGAGUCAGCCAAUCUCGACAGAUGCCGAGGACACUGAAAUGCCGCAAGCUGGGGAGACUAACGACAACGCAGAAAACGCAACUGAGGUCCAAGUUAAUGUUGAUGUUGCAGUGGAACAAACCCAGGCAGAAACACCGGCACAGGCACCAAAGGUCUUUGUUUCUGAAGAAAAGAUGCAACAGUUGAUCUUGAUGAAGACCUUCCACACGGAUGCUAUCCGCUUCAUUCAGCAAAUCCACACUGCCAUGCCAACAAUUCUACAGCUGCUGUCAUCCAAAACAAAGGCUGAAGUAUUGGAAGCCAUGGAUUUUUUGGUAGUGUGCUACAAUUACAAGGUUAAACCAGCAGCUGAUGGAAUUAAACGAAUGCUUCAUUUGAUCUGGACAAAAGAUACCAGUGAUGAGGGCAAGGGUGUAAAGAUGAAACUUCUGAAGAGUUACAGAAACAUCUACCUUGAAAUGGACGCAAAUCUCACAAGACGCGAAAACAUCAAUGUUAUUGCACGGAACUUGAUCAGAUUGACAUUCAAUACCACCCUGGCUGAGCUGACUUCAUUAGAACAACUUUUGACUAAUCUUAUGGCAGAAGAUGCUGUUCCAGACGAUGUGAUUGAGAGACUCUGGAGUGUUUAUGGCUUUGUUAAAGGACAUAUUCCAAAGGCUCAAAGACGAGGAGCAAUCAUCAUCCUUGGUAUGCUGGCCAAGGCCAAGACGGAAAUUGUUACAGAAAAGGUCGACUUGCUGCUACGAAUUGGAUUGGGUCCUUUAGGAAAAGAUGACUUGGCUUUAUCAAAAUACACUUGUAUUGCACUUCAAAGAUUAGCUGGAACUCGAACUGAAAAAGGUCGUGGAGUGCAUGAAGGUGUACGCUUCCCAAUGAACCAUGCGAUAUUUGCAAGAUUAAGAGAUGUGGUAGAAAGCUCUAACCACUCCAUGGAAUGGUUCAGCGUUACUGAGCAGGCUAUCAACACAAUAUAUCUGCUAGGUGAACAUCCGGACAUUCUUUGUGCGGAGAUGAUUAGAACCAAAACCAUCAGUGUGUUUGAUGAUAAUCAGGGCACAUCGGACACUCAAAAACCUUUUGAGGAGGAAAUCCUAGGUGAUUUGAUGGAUACUGACUAUGACAUGAGCUCAACCCAGCCGACCGCAACCUCGACUACAGGCACAGGCACGACUCAGUCUGUGCACAAUCCAGAUCAAAAGAGUGCAUUUGAACUUAGCCAGUUGUUUUUUAUUGUCGGUCACGUGGCAUUGAAACAAAUUGUUCAUCUGGAAAUUGUAGAGGCAGCCUGGAAAAGAAAAAAGACAUUAAAGGAUGUCGAGGAAGGAAAGAAACACACUUCCACUGAAGAAGAGCUUGAACAAGUGAAUGGAACUGCUGAGGAUGAUAUUGGUGAUGCAAUUACGCACAUACGAGAGAGAGAAAUCCUGUUUGGAUCCAAUUCUCUUUUGGCAAGAUUUGGGCCAAUGAUUACCGAGGUUUGCGCACGUAAUAAGAUAUACACGGAUCGUACACUUCAAAUCACUGCAACUCUUGCGCUUGCCAAGUUUAUGUGUGUGAGCUCAGACUUUUGCGAAAAGAACCUCCAGCUUCUGUUUACGAUUCUUGAGAAGUCCAAAGACCCUACGAUCCGUAGCAACAUUGCUAUCGCGCUUGGUGACAUGGCCGUGUGUUUUAAUACGCUCAUUGACGAAAACAUCUCAUUUCUCUACAACCGGCUUGGCGAUGAAGAUGGGCUGGUUAAGAAAAAUGCAGUGAUGGUCCUGACGCACUUGAUUCUAAAUGGAAUGGUCAAAGUAAGAGGUCAGAUUAGCGAGAUGGCCAAAUGUCUGGAAGACUCGGAUCAACGGAUUGCCGACCUUGCCAAACUAUUCUUUACCGAGCUGGCCACAAAGGACAAUGCGAUUUACAAUAACCUUCCUGACAUUAUCAGCAAUCUGACCAAUAGCGAGCCCAAAGUGGAAGAAGAAACAUUCCACAAGAUUAUGAAGUUUAUUUUCUCAUUUGAGUUUACAGAAAAGGAAAAACAAGCAGAGAAUGUCAUUGACAAACUCUGCCAACGAUUUUUAAAUACCAAUGACAAGCGAGUGUGGCGUGACAUUGCCUUUUGUCUAUCCCUCAUGCCAUUUAAAUCAGACCGAAGCUUCCGAAAGCUACUUGAAGGCAUACCUGCUUACCAAGAUAAGCUUCAAGAAGAAGCAGUCCACAGAAGUUUCCUAGAGAUUGUUGCAAAGGUAAAUCAAAGACGACCCAUUUAG